AGCUUUUGCAAGGACUCGGUGGCCUUGGCUUGAAUGCAGGACAGCCGGCGGGUUGGUCCCACCAGUGCAUGCUGGCUGAUUACACUGGGGUUGGAGCCAAGAUUCCACUUCUAACGACCAUCCGCUGAGGAGUCAUGGACAGAGCUAAAGAAAACUGCAUUUCAGGGUCUGUAAAGGCCCCUGUUGCUCUGGGUGAUGGCCCGAAAUGUGUCUUGGGGAUGCAGCACUUUCCUUCUCAGAACCCCUCAUCCAGAGGCAGUGGCCAGGCUCAGCGGGUCUUGUGUCCUUCGAAUUCCUCCCAGCGGGUUCCUUCGCAAGCACAGCUCGUCUGUGGUCAGAAAGUACAGAAGCAACUGCAGGCCGCCAGCGCGCCUCGUCCUGCCCCCCGGCCGGUGAGCAGCGCCCAGAAGAGUGAGCAAGCCCAGCCAGCAGCGCCCGGAGAUAAUCCUGAGAAGAAAAUGGAAUCAAAACCGAAAAAUGAAGACUCAAAAAAGAGACAGUGGACUUUGGAAGAUUUUGAUAUCGGUCGCCCACUAGGUAAAGGGAAGUUUGGCAAUGUUUAUUUGGCAAGAGAAAAACAAAGCAAGUUUAUCCUGGCUCUGAAAGUGUUGUUUAAAGCUCAGCUGGAGAAAGCAGGAGUGGAGCAUCAGCUCCGAAGAGAAGUAGAAAUCCAGUCCCACCUUCGGCAUCCCAAUAUUCUCAGGCUGUAUGGUUAUUUCCAUGAUGCCACAAGAGUUUAUCUAAUUCUGGAAUAUGCACCACUUGGAACAGUCUAUAGAGAACUUCAGAAACUUUCCAAGUUUGAUGAGCAGAGAACUGCUACUUAUAUCACAGAAUUGGCAAAUGCCCUGUCUUACUGUCAUUCCAAGAGAGUUAUUCAUAGAGAUAUUAAACCGGAGAACCUGCUGCUGGGAUCAGCUGGAGAGUUGAAGAUUGCAGAUUUUGGGUGGUCGGUCCACGCUCCAUCCUCCAGGAGGACCACUCUGUGCGGCACCUUGGACUACCUGCCCCCUGAGAUGAUUGAAGGCCGGAUGCAUGACGAGAAGGUGGACCUCUGGAGCCUGGGAGUCCUUUGCUAUGAGUUUUUGGUCGGGAACCCUCCUUUUGAGGCGCACACUCACCAAGAGACCUAUAAAAGGAUCUCACGGGUUGAAUAUACGUUCCCUGACUUUGUGACUGAGGGAGCCCGGGACUUCAUUUCAAGGUUGCUAAAGCAUAAUCCAAGCCAGAGACCGACUCUGAGUGAAGUACUUGAACACCCCUGGAUCACAACAAAUUCGACCAAGCCAUCAAGUUGCCAGCAAAGCAAAGAAGCAACUAGCAAAUCGUCUUAAUCACGCAGGGGGAGAAACCUUUGAAUCAGGGCUGCUGUGCGAGCUCGGGAACAUGCUCCAGACUUAGUCACUGCUGACUGCCCGCUCAGCUCACAGCGCUACAGGAAGUGUUGCUUUUUCCUCCCUGAGCCUGCAGCGCCUUGGCCUUCCUGUUCAGGAAGCUCCCCUGCAGUAAACGUGACACUCUGCAGAAGUGCCUCAAGAAUCAUGCUGCUUUGACCAGGUUCAUCAUGCAGAGACAAGACUCAGCGGCAGCCGUGUGAACAGCCUGUGGCCGGCAGGGUGUCCUUGUGAGAAUUCGGAGUCUGGUUGUCGGGAAAGUGACCGCUUCCCUCUGACUCAGUCAGCUAAGGCACUGCAUAGCAACCUUUAAGUACUUGAGUGUGAGUGUAACUUAUUGGGUGGUCAAACCUGGAAAAGGUGUUGGAAUGAAUAUGUGAUUCUUUUAAAUAUUAAAGAUCUCUGUAUGGUAAUUUUUUUUUUUUUUUUCUGUGCAUCCCUUAGCGAUGCUGUCAUUGGUGAUUGUCCUGGUUAAGCCUGACUGGGUCUCUGGUCCUCCUUAACCACUAUAAAACAGGAACACAUGCUCUACCUCUGUCUCGGGAAUUGCGUGGGAUACACAAGUGACCUGAUGUCUUGGAACUUUUUCUGAAUGUUAAAGGCUCUUUAUUGCAUUGGAGUUAUGGCAUGUGUGUAAACUUGUUAAAUGCAUAAAUAAAUAUACUGAUCUACCUGGA